AUCUGCUAACUAGUAGUGACGCAUCAACCUCGAAGCUAGUUCAAACUAGUGGGAGGUUGUUUGCCUAGUACGUAGCAAUCAAACCAAACAGACCCUUAAAAAAGUUCUAUAUCAGAGAUAUGGCAAGAGGAAAGGUUCAAAUGAAGAGGAUAGAGAACCCGGUUCAUCGUCAAGUCACCUUCUGUAAACGCAGAACCGGUUUACUAAAGAAAGCCAAAGAACUUUCUAUCCUUUGUGAUGCUGAGAUCGGAAUUCUUAUUUACUCUGCCCAUGGAAAGCUCUAUGAACUCGCCACUAACGGGACUAUGCAAGGUCUAAUGGACAAGUACGUGAAGACAACCGCCGGCGCCGGCAGCUCUGAAACCACCGUUGACGGCAAGGCAAAGGAGAAGCAAGAAAUUGAUAUGCUGAAGAAUGAGAUUGACUUUCUGGAAAAGGGCCUGAGGUACAUGUUUGGAGUGGGAAGUGGCACAAUGACACUUGAUGAAAUGAAUACACUCGAGAAGAAUCUAGAAGUCUGGAUUUAUCAUGUCCGAUCAGCGAAAAUGGAUAUCAUGUUCCAAGAGAUUCAAUUGUUGAAGAACAAGGAGGGCAUAUUAAAAGCAGCAAACAAACAUCUCCAAGACAAGAUGGAUGAACAUUUUUGGGGAACUAGUAACUUUCUGCCAGUGAAUAGUAGUAACCAAUAUUAUCCACUAACAGUAGAUAGUGAAAUUUAUCAGGUGUGACAUAUAUAUUAUUAGGCAUAUAUAUAUCCUAGCUAAACUAUUGGUAAGUAGUUUAUGUUUUGGAUUAAUAAUUAAUAAAUUAAUAAUGGGAUAAUGGGUUUGUUCUGGAUUUUCUGCUUACUUUAUUGAAAUAAUUAAUAUGGCAUUUAAUUAUGCCUUAGGUCUCAUCUUUAAGAUUGUCAUAAUUUCAUGUGCGACAAUUAUGUAAUGUAAUGCAUAGUAAUUUGUGAUAAAUGUCUUGU